AUGGGUGUUAUUACGAUUAAUAGUCCAUCUCCCAAAAGGGAAACUUCACGCGCGCCUGAGAGCCAAGAGGAUUGGGAAUUUCUGUACAAGAAUCGACCUAAUGGAAACAAGACCCUCUUUGAGUUAGAGAUGCUUGUCGUGAAACGCAUGGAUUUUCUGUCAUGGAUUGAUAAAAUUUCUAAUUCUCCUCAAAUAGAUAGUAAUAAGAUCAUUGAUAAAAUUCUGGGUCGUCUUCCGAGUAUACCCUCUUUAACAAGGAGACCCGGUCUAGGCACUUCCUCGGAAUCUGAGAAUCCUAAUGAUGCCGCCACAAACACAUUUGACAAGUAUCAUUCAUCAGCUCAGGAUGCGGCUUCUAGGUCGAGAAACAAUGGCAAAAAUGGAUCUCAUAAUUCUAUUGAUUUAUUUUCAUUCGAGAAAGGUGAAGACCUCUUAUCACAUUUAUUAUGCCGCUAUGCAUUUUGUAUGACUGAACGUUGGAGGAAGUGGUUGUUGAAAAUGGAAGAAAUACUAUUUUGCGCAAGACUACGGAUGAAAAAAGAAUCGAAUGUGGGUUAUAUCGAGGAUCUCAUGACGAAAAACAAUUUACCCUGUAGUUCGCUUAAUGACGAUCAAAAAAAUGACCCUGUGAUUUUCAAAUACUUCGGGUAUUAUAGUGCUAAAUUUUUAUCAAAAAAAAAUCAAAUAGCGAGGACUAUUACGCGGUUUCUCUUGAGCUUGCCACCCGGCUGA